AUGACACCAUCGUCGAACAGGAUAAGAUUCGUCGAUGACAACAUGCAAGAUAAUGCGUUCUUCGAGAAAGGUUGUUGCUUCAACUUUUCCUGCUUCGGAGAAAGCUCCAGAACGACGUCGUCGCAGAGGAAGAUAGUGAGAGAGAAGGUGCAAUGGUGGAGGAAGAUAAGGGAAUGGUCAAAACAUGUGGCAAGUUCCAAAUGGAAAAACUUGGUUCGUCGGUUGAAUAAUAAAAAUCGCGCCAUUGGGUAUAGAAAGCAAGGAUCGUUCCGCUAUGAUGAUCGAAGUUAUGCCCGAAACUUUGAUGAAGGAACUAAAGAGAAACGAGAGGAACAUUAUGCUUAUGAUUUUUCGUCUCGUUAA